UUACUUAUGUUUGGUUGGUGAGAAAGAGGUGGGAAAAUCCACUGUUUUUAUCCUCAAGCUUCUCCGGCUGAAGCACUAACCAUGGAAGUAGAAGUGAAGCUUCGCCUCCCCGACUCUGAAGCUCACCAGAAGCUUUCGGACAUUCUCUCACCUUGCCACGCCAACACAUUUUUCCAAGAAAAUGUCUUCUUCGACGGCGCAAACGCCAAGCUCUCCUCCAACCUCGCCGUCCACCGCUUCCGAUUCUACGACGACAAUUCCCGCUGCGUUUUAUCCCUCAAAGCAAAACCCGUCAUCUACAACGGAAUCAGCCGCGCCGAGGAGCACGAGGAGCCAUUCGACCCAACCAUAGGCCGGGCGUGCGUGGCGGAGCCCUGGCGGCUUUUGGCGGUGGACUCAUCGGAAAUCUUGAAACAAGUGAGGGAGGAAUUCGGGGUCGGAGAAGGUGGAUUGGUGUGUUUGGGUGGGUUCAGAAACGUGAGAACGGUUUACAAUUGGGAAGGAUUGAAAUUGGAGCUGGACGAGACAAAGUACGAUUUUGGGACGAAUUACGAACUCGAAUGCGAGAGCUUAAGCCCUGAAAGAGACAAGAAAUUGUUGGAGAAGUUGUUGAAGACGAAUGGGAUCGAAUUUUCUUAUUCCAAAGUUUCGAAAUUCGCCAUAUUUCGAUCUCGAAAGUUACCUGACUCGUGAGAUUAUAUAUGUAAUUAUAGACAAUUUGGUCAAAAUCAAAUAUUGUAUUGUAAGUGUUAUAUAUAUAUAUAUAUAUAUAUAUA